AUGCCAGCUGCCGCUGCUGCUAAGAACACCCAGAGCGAAAUCCAGAGCAAGAAGAUGUCUAUCGUCUCCAAUGCUCCUUCUGAGGUUGAGACCAAGAAGGCCAAGGACAUCCUUACCAAGCUCGCCGCUGCUUCCGAUGCUGAUCGUGAGGCUGUCGCCGCUGAACUUGCUGCCGUUGUUAAGGCUAAUGGUGUCCUCUCUCUUAAGCCCGUUAUCGAGCAACUCAAGAAGGAUAUUGUCUCCAAGAAGAAUGCCAACGCUCGUGCUGGUGCCGUUGCUGCUAUCACUGCUCUUUCCAACGAGAACCUCGAAGGUCAAGCUGAGCCUUACAUUGUCUCUUUCAUUGCUAACCUCUUGGAACUCCAAGCUGACAAGCAAACUGCCAUCAAGGAUGCUGCUGAAGCUGCUGCCAAGAACCUCGCUUCCAAGGUCAACCCUCUCGCUUGUCCCUUGUUGGUCCCCUUCAUCCUCGAAGGUCUCGGUAACUCCUGUAAGUGGCAAACCAAGAUGCUCUCUCUUGAGCUCUUGGAACUCCUUGCUAAGCAAAACCCCAAGGAAUUCAUUGUCGCUAUUCCUGAUGUCAUUCCUACCGUCUCUGACUGUAUGUGGGAUACCAAGGCUGAUGUCAAGAAGAGAGCCACUGAAACCAUGACCAUCAUCUGUUCUCUCGUUGAUAACAAGGAUAUCGAACGUUUCAUUCCCGCUGUCAUUGGUUGUAUCAACCACCCCGAGAAUGUUCCUGAGACCAUUCACUUGCUCGGUGCCACCACUUUCGUCCAAGAGGUUGACUCUGCCACCCUCUCCAUCAUGGUUCCUCUUUUGGGCCGUGGUUUGAACGAACGUGCUACCCCCAUCAAGCGUAAGGCUGCCUUGAUUGUUGACAACAUGUCCAAGCUUGUCGAUGAUCCCGAUGUUGCUGCUCCUUUCUUGCCUCUUCUUUUGCCUGCUCUUGAAAAGGUUCAAGAUGUCGUUGCUGAUCCCGAGUGUCGUGGUGUCGUCCAAAAGGCUCUCGCCACUCUUCAACGUGUCGGUAACCCCUCCAUCGAGGUCUUCACCAAGGUCCAAAAGAAGGCCAAGGUUGAGUCUUCCAUCAAGGAACUCUUGCCCGAGAACAUGGAUUCUUUCUUGGAUACCACCGUUACUUACAUGAACGAUGUUGCUCUCACUCUUUGUGUUGCCAAGAACUUCUUCAAGGACUCCUGGACUGCUGCCCUUGCUCCUUAUGCCAAGUCUUUCGUCUCCGCUGAGGACGCUGAUAAGCUCGCCUUCUCUGCUUUGGAGAAGUGUGAGGAGGCUGUCACUGCCAAGGACCCCGAGGAGGAGGAUGAUGAAGGUGAGGAUCUCUGUAACUGUGAGUUCUCUCUUGCUUAUGGUGCCAAGAUCUUGUUGAACCGUACUUCUCUCCGUCUCAAGCGUGGUCGUCGUUAUGGUCUCUGUGGUGGUAACGGUUGUGGUAAGUCUACUCUUAUGCGUGCCAUUGCCAACGAACAAGUCGAAGGUUUCCCUCCUCGUUCUGAGCUCAAGACUGUCUACGUCGAACACGAUAUCGAUGGUUCCGAGGCUGAUACUCCUCUUGUUGACUUCAUCCUCGCUUCCGAUGGUGUGGAAACCAAGGACCCUGAGCAAGUUCGCAAGAUUCUCUUGGAAUACGGUUUCUCUGAAGCCAUGGUUACCAAGAUGGCCAUUGGUGAACUCUCUGGUGGUUGGAAGAUGAAGCUCGCUCUUGCCCGUGCUAUGUUGAUGAACGCUGAUAUUCUCUUGUUGGAUGAACCUACCAAUCACUUGGAUGUUGUCAACGUUGCCUGGUUGGAAAACUACCUCUUGGGUCUCAAGACUGUCACCUCUAUCAUUGUUUCUCACGAUUCUGGUUUCUUGGAUCACGUUUGUUCCGAUAUCAUCCAUUAUGAGCCUAACUACAAGCUCAAGCGUUAUGGUGGUAACUUGUCCGAAUUCGUCAAGAAGGUUCCCCGUGCUGCUUCUUACUACUCUCUCGAGGUCUCUCAAAUCUCUUUCACCUUCCCUGAGCCUGGUUUCCUCGAAGGUAUCAAGACCAAGGAGCGUGCUAUCUUGAAGAUGAAGAAUGUUGACUUCCAAUAUCCCGGUUCUGACAGAAAGCAAUUGAUCGACAUCUCCAUGCAAUGUUCUCUUGCCUCUCGUGUUGCCGUCAUUGGUCCCAACGGUGCUGGUAAGUCUACUUUGAUCAAGUUGUUGACUGGUGAAAUUGAGUCCGAGGUCGGUUCCGUCUGGAAGCAUCCUAACUUGCGUAUUGCCUACGUCGCUCAACACGCUUUCCACCAUAUUGAAAAGCACUUGGAUUCUACUCCUAACGAAUACAUCCAAUGGCGUUAUGCUACUGGUGAAGAUCGUGAAGAACUUGACAAGAACGACCGUAUGAACGGUGAAGCCAACAAGAAGGUCAUGGAGCAAGUCUUCAUCAUCGAUGGUGAGAAGCGUGUUGUUGAGGAACUCGUCGGUCGCAGAAAGCUUAAGCAAUCUUACGAAUACGAAAUCUCUUGGGUUGGUCGUUCAUCUGUUGACAACACCUGGAUCUCUCGUCAAAAGCUCGAGGAUAUGGGUUUCGGUAAGAAGAUUGCUGAGGUCGAUUCCGCUGAAGCUGCCAAGAUGGGUCUUAACCGUCCUCUUACUGCCAAGGAAAUUGAGAAGCACUUGGAAGAAGUUGGUCUUGAAGCCGAAUUUGCUACUCACUCUCGUAUCCGUGGUCUCUCUGGUGGUCAAAAGGUCAAGCUCGUUAUUGGUGCUGCCAUGUGGAACAAGCCUCACAUGUUGGUUCUUGAUGAACCUACCAAUUACUUGGAUCGUGAAUCUCUCGGUGCUUUGGCUAUGGCUAUCAAGGCUUACGGUGGUGGUGUCGUCAUUGUUACUCACAACCGUGAGUUCACUGAAGCUCUCUGUAACGAAGUCUGGAUGGUUGAUGCCGGUCGUUUGACUCCCUCUGGUCACAACUGGGUUUCUGGUAACGGUACAACCAAGAUCGAGGAGAAGGCUGAGGAGGAUACUGUCGAUGCUCAAGGUAACACUGUCAAGGCUGUCGAGAAGAAGAAGAAGCUCUCUUCCAAGGAGCUCCGUAAGAAGAAGAAGGACAGAAUGGAACGUCGCAAGCGUGGUGAAGAAGUUUACACUACCGAUGAAGAAUUAGGCUUGUAA